GCGGGAACCUCGUAGGAGGUUCGGCCCCCAGCCCGAGAAAAAACUCGGGAUUCUUCACUUGACUGUUGGGGACAGCUGACACAUUAAGCCAUCUUCUUUGCAAUACGGGGGGGGGGGGCUAAUUAGGUGACGCGACGUCUCUAUAUGAGGGCGGUGCUGUCGACCGCUGUGUACCUACCUACCAUAUAGAGCCAGCCUCUGACCGUGACAAUGGCAAAGUCAAGACUCUUCGAGGCUACUGCAUGAUUAAAUAACGUCCAAACUUCAAAGACAUUAACAUAAAUACCUACGUAUAUAACUACGGAUUCUAAGAACCAUGAAAGAUUUUUUUAUUGCCUAGAUUAUUGGACGAAGUCACAGCUCACCUGGUUUUAAGUGGUCACUGGAGCCCAUAGACAUCUACAACGUAAAUGCCGCCACCCACCUUAAGAUAUAAUUUCUAAGGUCUCAGUAUAGUUACAACGGCCACCCUUCAAACCGAAACGCAUUAGUGCUUCACGGCAGAAAUAGGCAGGGUGGUGGUUACCUUCCCAUGCGGACUCUCACGAGGUACUACCACCAGUAAUUACGCAAAUUAUAAUUUUAUGGGUUAGAUUUUUAUUACACAAUGUUAUUCCUUCACCGUGGAAGUCAAUCGUGAACAUUUGUCAAGUACGUAUUUCAUUAGAUAAAUUUCGAGCAUCGGUGCAUUACUAGAUACGAAUGCACCGGACGUCUUACUUUCCUUUAGGCCACUUCGCUUUUUUAAACUCAACCAACAGUAUUAUGCGUCGGUGACAACAUAGUGAUCCUAUAAGGUUUACGCUGUUCUUUCUUUUGAGGUCCGGAACCUUAAAAAAAAUUAAUUGUUUUAUAAACUUAAAUUAAUGAUUUAAGAUAAUAAAAACAGUAAGAUGUUUUGAGCAUCGCUUUAUGGUAACUUCUUUUUUAUUCAUUUCAGCGUCAGCUAUAAAUGUGGUUGUGUUCACGAAACCAUAGCCAGUGAGGAAGCACAGUGUUAGUUAAAACAACAUGUAUCGCAUAUUUUUAAUAUUGUUUAUUUGUUUUUUAGGGACGGAAACGUUUUCAGUUCCGUCUCUAUCUCCGUGUAAGAAGGAAGAUAAUGUGUGCCUUUUGAAAUUGUCUAAGGCCAUUUAUGCUCUGGCUGUGGUCGGAAACCCUGAACUGCAGAUCGAGUCUUCGGACCCUCUUCAGCGUGACGAAAUCAUCGGUAACCUUGGUGUCAUCAACUACAAGCUUUUUAACAACACAUGCCUCGGCUACAAGCGUUGCGAAGUACUAAAUUCAAAAUACAAUUUUGAAAAAUCUCAUGUUGAGUUUGAACUCAGAUGUCCAGAAUUUUACAUGGAUGGAUUAUACGAAAUUGAUGGAACACUUCUUGGUGUGCCAAUUCAAGGAAAAGGACCCUAUUGGAUUCGUUGCAAGGACUACUUAGUUAAUGUAGACGCCGAAACUACUAGAGUUGUCGGGGAAGAUAACAAAAUGCAUCUUGCAAUUAAAAACUUUAAAGUGAAGGCUGAUUUGAGAGGGGGCAUGGAUCUUCAACUCGAUAACCUAUUUAAUGGAAACAAACAAUUGGUCGAUCCUGUAAAUAAUUUAAUAAAACUAAAUUGGAGUCCUGUUGCUAAGAUAUUACAAGAACCGACAUUCAACGGCAACUUGAAGACACUGUUCAAGAAUUUCAACAAGUACUUGAAACUCAUACCCAUUGAAAACAUAAUCCUUGAUUAAAAUAUAGUUCUUGAAUUCUGAUAUAUAUAAUUUUUUUUGAUUAA